AUGCACUCAGUUUAUUCUCAUUGCAGUAGCGACUUUGUUCUGAUGGACGUCGAAAGUAUUCUUGAUGAACGGGUCGACCAGUAUGACCUCGAGAGAUUUCGCGAAGCCUACGAGACUCAGCGUAAACGGGGCUCGCCUAGUGCGAUUGCUACGUUCAACUAUGGGACUGCUCUAAUACGAUCUACAAAGUCCGAUGUUGUUGAAGGAACUGAACUUUUGGAAAGCGAAGACUACGUAUACUUUCUGGCUAUCGCCAAUGCUCGUCUACGCAACUAUGAUCGAGCUCUCGCUUAUAUUGACAUUUUGCUUGCUGCUGAAACGCAUAACAGGCAGGCAUCACAACUCCGUGACAUCAUUGAGAGAAGAAUGAAAAAAGAUGGUCUCUUCGGACUGGCCGUCCUCGGUGGCGGAGCAGUAGUUGUGGCUGGCAUCGUUGCUGCUCUUUUUGCAGCAAAAAAGUGA